AUGGAAGCCGAUGUCAACACCGUUCUCAGUGAUUCUACUUCAAGUCUACCUGUGACGUCUGAAAUGAUCGCUACUGAAACAUCGAAAGAUCCUGUUCUCCAGUCGGUGGUGUUCCAUAUCAAUGAAGGAUGGCCCAAUCAUUCCAAAGCAAUUAAUGAUCCAGUUGUCCAAAAAUUCUUUAUCCGCCGAGACAGUCUGCUGAUCGUCCAAGGUUGCAUCAUGCUCGGCGAUAGAGUUGUUGUGCCAAACCGCUUUCGCAAACGCAUUCUUCAGCAACUACAUCGAGGCCAUCCGGGGAUGGAGCGAAUGAAAUCCCUAGCAAGAAGUUUCGUGUACUGGCCUAACAUCGAUGAUGCCGUCGAAAAAUAUGUUCGAUGCUGCAGACCCUGUGCUGAAGCUGCUAAAUCACCACGCAAGACGGACCUGGAGUCGUGGCCCAUUCCAUCGAAGCCGUGGGAACGAGUCCAUAUCGAUUAUGCUGGCCCGAUUAAUGGAUACUACUACUUUCUGGUAAUUGACGCAUAUUCAAAAUGGCCAGAAAUCUACCGCACUCGAAGCACAAACACAACGAAAACGUUGGAAAUGCUAGACGAGAUUUUUUCAAGAUUUGGCAAUCCAAAAAUUCUGGUUUCGGAUAAUGGCUCGCAAUUUGUUAGCGCCCGAUUCAAGCAAUUCUGUGAUGAAGCUGGAAUCACCCACUUAACAAUUGCGCCCUACCAUCCACAGUCUAAUGGACAGGCUGAGCGCUUUGUGGACACUUUGAAAAGAGGACUCAAGAAGUUACGAGAGGGAGGAAAUCCAGCAACUUUCCGACAUCUUCAAACUUUCCUUUCCGUUUACCGGUCCACACCCAAUCGAAGUGCUCGUGAUCAUAAGUCACCUGCAGAACUUUUUCUAGGUAGACCCCUCACUACUACACUGGAUCUUCUUAAGCCCCGAAAAUCAAGCACACCAGCUGUAAAUAGUAAGCAGAAUAACCAGUUCAAUCAACACCAUGGUACCGUCAAGAGAGAGUUCUCCGCUGAUGAUUUAGUGUACGCAGAGGUUCAUCAUCACAAUCAAACCUCAUGGGUUCCUGGCAAGGUGAUUGAGAGAAAAGGCUCCGUCAUGUAUGCUGUACUUCUGGACACCGGUCGUCUCAUCCGUUCUCAUACGAAUCAGCUACGACAGCGUCAUCUAGAAUCCAUUAGUGAAGCUACUGAAUCAAAUUUACCAUGGACCGUGCUGCUUGAGGAAUUUGGAAUGCAAAAUCUGUGUACUCCAUGUUCGGAUGAAACUGCCGAUCCUGAUUCCAAAGAAACUCAACAACCGCCUGAAAUGCUGCCAGAAGUGGCACACCCAAUUCAACAAUUGCCUGAAGUAUUGCACCCUGCCGAACCAACAUUGGACCAAGAAAAGGUUCUAGCACCAGAAGUCGUUGUUGAAGGCAUCAAUCCGCAGUGCUCCAAUCAACCCGUUCGUAACCGAAGGCUUCCGGCAUGGCUCGGAUCCUACGAUCUCUUUUAA